AAUCAUAAUUGCGAGUACCCUUUCUAGAAAUGAAAAAAGGACAAACGAGGAACGGACAGCCUUGCACUGAAAACGCGGAAGCUCUAUCCAUUCCAUAGCGCCGCCAACGCUCCCAAUCUUCCGACUCUCCAUUUUCCCAUUUUCAAGAAUUGCAAAAAAAUAAUGCAAGGUAUCAGUAUUCCCCAAGCUGCUCUUAAUCGAUGAAGAACCAAGAAUCUGAAGGAGAAAGGGUUAAGUUUUUUAUUCAAACUGGUUUAAAUUGGUUGUAGUUUGCUUCUGGUAAAUGAUGGGAAGAAAAAGUCUAAGCCCUAUACUACAGAGAGAGUUGGAGAAGAAUCUUGAUGCAGGUGUGACACUCAGUGAAGGGUGGUUAUUAAGCGCAUCAGCUGAACAUCAUGGACUCACAAUCUCACUCAAUGAGGUUGACCACAUUAUGGAAACCAUCAUUAGGACAUUAAAAUCCUCAUCUGAAGGGUCAUUUCCUCUCCAUCAUCAGUCUUGCUCAAAAGCAGUUGCAGCCAUCGCAAGGUACGGAAUGGGUCCCGCAACACCAGAUGAGAAAAAGCGCCACAUCAUCCACUCCCUCGCAAAGCCGCUUUCAGAUUGUCUCUUGGCAACUCAAGAAACUGUAUCUUCAGGGGCUGCCCUGUGCCUAAAGUCUCUAGUGGAUUCUGAAAAUUGGCGUUUUGCUUCAAAUGAGACAAUCAAUGAGGUCUGCCAAACAGUCUCCGGGGCACUUGAGAUGCACGAAGAUAUAAACCAUCACAUGGCUUUGGUGAUGUCAUUGGCCAAACACAAUGGUUUGCUCAUUGAAGCGUAUGCAAGAUUGUUGGUUCGAUCUGCAUUGCACGUUCUGAGUUGUAAAAUAUCGGACGAAGAUUCUCGGGAAAGGUUGUUGGCCAUUCUUAUGCUUAGCUGUCUGAUGAGGUAUUUGGAUCCGAGGAGUAUAUUGUCUGAGAUGGGAUUGGUCAUUGAACAGCUGGCAGUGUGUGUACAAUCAUCAACUGAGACAAUCCACGUGAGAAAAGCAGCGUUUGAUGCACUUCAAUUAGCUAAAAGAAUAUUUUCUGAGAAUGUGUGUGAUUCUGGUGAUGAUUCAACCAUUUCAUCCCCCAUUUCAAUGAGUAUGAACAGGAGCCUUUUGAGAAGGUAUGAAAAUGACAGCUCAGAUGAGGAGGGUUUAGUAGAUGAUAACAACGUCAGUUUGUCUGGACAGAAUGCUGCGCGAUAUCGAAGGUGUACAGAAAAUUGGGACAAACAGUCAUAUCUGGAGAGCUCAGAAUUGAAAAGCAUCAAAAGAGCGGUGCCAAAAAAUAAAGGGUACCGGUAUGGCUCAUAUACUCAGAAUCGCAAGCGCAUGUGGUGGGGGUUUCUAAUUCUUGUUGUGAUUUUCAGUUUUUUGGCGUGGGAGGGGCAUCGAGAUGGUCUUUAUGAUCUCGUUCCCACUUAAGUUUUGUGCAACUUGUUAUGAAUUGGUGCUUAUAGAAUUUGGAAUGUUAUUGUGUGUGUUUUAGAGAUAAGAGAUUUUAUCGAUCUGUAUAACAAAGAUGAGUUUUUGGUGCGAUGUGAGUUUGAUCAUU